GGUACAAGCGUAAUAAAUUUUUAAUACCGCCCCACCAUAAUCAAGCUACCACAAAAACUUUUGUUUAUACUGGAAAGGGCAACUAAAAAUAAGCCUUGAGCCAGCUAAAAAAAAUUACAAUAAUACAAUAUCAUAACAGUAGUUGAUUCCCAAAGAUAAGUUCCCCUUUCCAUUUUAGUUAAGUUUCAACGAACAUCCCCUGCAGCAAAUAUUUAAAAGGAAAAAAGUCAGGGACAUCUGACUAUAAGAUCGAAUCCGCAGUUUUAUGUUUUAAGUUUUAACGACCAAGUAUAAUCCUAAUUCCUAAGAAAGAAGGAUGGCAGGAGGAGCAGAAGGAGACGCGACGUUCGAGUCCACACCAUCAUGGAUUAUAGGAGCAGUGGUAUUUGGGAUUGUUGCUGUUUCUUUGGUUAUUGAAAAACUUCUACAUCGCCUUGGUCAUUAUUUGUUAGACAAGGAUAAAAUUCCUCUUCAUAUGGCUUUGCAAAAGAUUAAAGAAGAGUUAAUGCUAUUGGGCUUUAUAUCUCUGCUGCUUACAUUUUUCCAAGAUGAGACUACAAAGUGGUGUAUAUCUGAAAAACUUGCCCAAAAAUGGUUGCCUUGUCAUUAUAAACCGGCAGAGACAACUGCCCAUUUCGUUUCGGCUGGGGGACGUCACCUUCUAGCAGGGGCAGCCGGCGGCUCUACCUGCCCAACGGGAAAGAUACAUUUUGUAUCACUUACUGUUCUCCACGACCUUCAUUACCUCAUCUUUAUAUUAGCAAUUGUCCAUGUACUGAGCUGUCAACUCAUAGUUCUCCUUGGAGAGAUGAAGAUACGUCAGUGGAAGAAGUGGGAAGAAUCCAUAAGAAUGCAGAAUGCUAACGACGAAGGGAGAGUCAUUGAUAUUAGAAACCACGAUUUUAUCAAGGAACAUUUUGGAGGCAUUAAUGCGAACAAACGGAAUUAUGUGAAAUCCUUCUUCAAGCACCUUGCUGGGAUAUUAACAAAAAAUGAUUACGCAGCUAUGAGAAUGGGCUUCGUAUUGACACAUUGCAAUGGAAAUCAGAGGUUCAACUUUCAUAAGUACAUCGUAUAUGCUUAUGAAGCUGAUUUUAAUAAAAUUGUGUCGAUCAGCUGGUUCAUGUGGCUCUUUGUGGCUAUCUCAUUGACAUUAAAUGUUGCUGGUUGGCAUAUAUAUUUUGGGAUAGCAUUCAUCCCCUUUACUCUCUUACUUAUAUUGGGCACCAAACUGCAACAAGUGAUCACAGCAUUAGCUACGCGAAUAGCUCAAAAGAAUUCAAUCAUUUUUGGUGAAGUAAGAAUAGAACCAUCAGAUGAUUACUUUUGGUUCGGCAGUACCAAGGUUGCUCUAUCCUUGAUCCACAUCAUCCUGUUCGUAAAUUCAUUUGGAUUUUCCAUCUUCUUCUGGACAUUGUUCAAAUUCGGAUUAAAUUCCUGCGUUAUGGGAGAUGCAAUAUAUGCCUAUCCAAGAAUUAUUAUAAUGGUUGUGGCUCAAACCAUUUGCAGUUACAGCACUCUUCCACUCUAUGCAAUUGUCACACAGAUGGGAAGUUCGUAUAAUAAGGAGGCAAUGGAGAGAUAUGGCACUAGAGUUACCGAUUCUGGUAGCCUUGCGAACUCGAAUUUUCAAGGAGCCAGUGCAGCAUCAUCGGUGGAGAUGUCAAAUCACCAACGACAUUAAUUUUUUUACCAGCAUCAGUUGAUAUUAUGAGAUACAAUUAAGUUAUGUCCAUAAUGAUGUCGAUAGUAUACUGAUUGAUAUAUCACUUAGAAAAAUAAUUGAAUGAGUAAAUAGAUCUGUUGAAAUUCCACUAGUUUUGCAAGGUCUUACAGAUUGGAAGAGGUAUUGAUAUUUCUUCGCCCCCCUUUUAUCUUAAUUGCUUUUCCUUCGUGUAUU